AUGCUUUGGCCCAAUUCACACUGUGGCCUUCCAGACCUAUCCUGGCCCAAGCAACUUGACCGCUGCUUCGUCACAGCAAUACGGUCAGAGCAAUCCGACCGUUUCACCAUUACAUACGUCGUUAUUGUCGUCAGGCUCCCAUCUUCAGGACGGUUCAGCCGUUCCAACAACAACACAUAUCCGGUACCGCCCGGCUCGGUCGCAAAGGCCGAACCCCCCGUUCAAGUGGUCCAGCAGGUAAGGCCGGAGAACGAGGGGCAACAAGUUCCACUGCCAGUUGCGGCCCAACAAGAAGCGCCCCCUCAGGGGCUCCGAUUCGAAGACGUCCGGCGAAUGAUCGAGGACGACCUGGCUCAGAGGCGCCCGGAAGCGCCAAGGUAUACCAAACCAUACCCGCCAGAAAUUGACCGAACCCCUCUUCCCCGGAACUAUCGGUUGCCAGAAUUCAUUCUAUUAUCUGGGGAUGGGCAAGCCACCUCCAUCGAACACAUAGGCCACUUCACAGCCCAGUGCAGAGAGGUCGAUUUGGACGCCCAGAAGCUCCAUUUAUUCGUUCACUCUCUGACCGGCACGGCGUUCUCGUGGUUCAUAAACCUUCCGCCGAAUUCGGUGAGGGAUUGGUCCAACAUGGAAAGGAUAUUCCACGAACAUUUCUAUCAGACCAACCAGGAAAUAACGGUCACCGAGCUGGUAAGGAUAAGCCUGGCGUCAGAUGAAUCACCUCGCGACCACAUGCAGCGGUUCAAAACGUGCAGGAACUAG